UGAGAUGUGGAGUCGCUUCCCCUGCCUGGCCCAGCGAGAUGUGUAGUAGCUUCCCUUGCCUUUACCAGCGCAUAGCUUAGAAAGAUUUCAGUGUGACAAGACCAGGCGAACAAAGAAAAUGGAUAUCACUGUGCAGUUUCUCCUUAGUGCCUUCGUUAUAUUCGGUGUGUUUAGUAUGACGAAAGCGGCGUGUACUCUCGACGAAUUUCAAGCCUGCACUAAAGACAUGAAUAAAGUUCAAGAAAACCUUGGAGACAUACAUUUAAUGUGCAAAUUUGCUAAAGAAGUCACAGACUGCUACACGGCGUUACUGCCCUCAUGUAGUCAAGACAUAAAGGACAAAAUCGAAAUGGGAAUGGCACAAAUGAAGAUGAUGCAGGCGAACUGCCAGGCUGGUGAUUCAGACUGCAACAUCAUGAAAUGUAUGGGCAUAAUGGGCAGCCUACCACAGCAACAGCAAAGCGGCCCCACCCAAGAAACUUGCAGGAUAGCCAAACAAGCUAGCGAAUGUUUCGCGGAACAAAAAGUAAAAUGUGAAGGUAAUGUAGAGGCUAAAGCACAAAUUGAACUCGCGGCGUUUGGUGUCGCACAGAUGAGUUCUGCUUGUCAAUCAGACAAGCCCAACCCAUGCGAUACGGCCAAGUUCCAAGCCUGCACCAACAAUACCCAGCUUUCUGGCAUGGGACAGAGUGAGGACAAGACUAAGAAUGUGGAAGUUUGCAAGUCACUAAUGACGGCUGUUGAGUGUAUAAAAGAUGCUGUUGGUGAUUGUAAAAUGCCAGCUCUUCAAACUAUGGUCAACCAGACACUCUCGCAAAUGGCAGUGCAUCAGGCGGCAUGCAAAACAAUGAUCGAGGAACAUGAAAAACAGAACCAAAGAAAAAAAGGUGAAAUGAACAAACAUACAACUGAACAAACCUUUUCCAUAGACGAUGGUGAAAAUGGCGUCGGGCAAAUACGCCAGACUCCUUUCUUGAUUGUGACGUCAGCCAUCGCACUGUCGCUGCGUGCCAUGUUUAAUUAAUUAAUGUUUAAGUUUUGUUCAUGUUUUAGCUUUUUAAAAAAUUAUUUAUUAAAUGGCCUGUUGAUUAUUUUCUUUUUUUUUAAACAUAAAGAGCAAUAUUUUAAAGUAAUUUUCAAAUGUCAGGUUUUUUAAAUAAAAAGUGCGCUCAUCUUUUUAAGAUUUAGCAAAAGUCAGCUAUAUUAUUUUUAUUACGGUUGGUGUAAUUUAGAUUACAUACGAGUUUUUAAAAUGUUUUAACAUGCCUUAUUUUUUACUCAUAAAGUGCUCUUUUUAUUUGAGUUUAAUUUCCUUGAUAUAAGUAUAGUGCAGCUGAUUAUGAUACAUGGAUAAUUUCUGAUAUCAUUCAAGGAUAUUAAUAUCAGGAUGAUUGGAUCAACAUCGAUUCUAUUCAAGACAUUUUACUGAUAUGAUACGGAAAUAAUUAUGUACGAUACAGCAACAAACAUAUGAUUUUAAAUAAUUUAAGGAAAAAUUAUUCUGGGACUAGUUCUAAUAUGGUAAUUUCCAAUGCAAAUAGAUGCAACUGUUUUCAUUAUUCUUAAUGGACAAUCGGAUGAGAUCAAUUAACAAGGCCAACAAAAUUGAUCAAAAGCUUCAGUAUUGAUGAUACUGAUUGACAUGUCCUGUAUAUAAUGGAUAUGUUUGGUUUAUACAAAUAAAGACUGUAUUCGAACAAGAAAACAACACGUGAUGAAAUAACGAAAUAUUUCCCUUUUAAAACACGUAUCUUGAAAUUUCUUUUAAUUGUACCAACAAACAGAUAUUAAUUGAAUUUAUUAACUUAAAAAAAUAUUUAUUCUGUAUUUUAUUAUUCGAUUCCUCACAAGAUAGGCCUACUGUGUAAUGUAUAGUUGUUGUUAUCACAUUUACAUAGAUGAAAGCCUCACAUCUGUAGCUUCUACUCACUGGUCUAGCUUUUUAGGCUUGUGAAUUUCAUCGAUGUUUGUUUAAAGAACCAAAUACACACAUUCACUAUAGCACUUGAGUGGGCUGCAAACGCAAGAUAUACAAAAAAAACAACACCUUGUAUUUCUCUCAAUUUUAUUGUAGACAAUUCUGUGAAAAUACUGUUCAACAUAAGUCUAUAAAACAAUAAUCUUAAACAAGAUGCUAUGUAAUAUUCGGGGAUAGUGUUCCUCUCACAGAAGUGUAAUCUAAUGUGUCUUUGAUGGCAAGAAAUGAAAGAAAUGAAGCUGAUAAAAGAAUAGCUACUCCUAUUUGUAAAUGCCUACGUAAAAUUGCUGUUUUAAUUUACUUUUUUACGACUAGUAGUUUCUUUACCUACCGUACAUAUUCUAAGAUUACCGUUUAAUGGUGCGAUGCAUUUACAUUUUCAUCAAGUGUCCUAGUUAUCAUCAGCAAACAAAGAGAGCACGAAGGCUUAAAUAAACGUUGACCGUGGAACGAUAAGCAAAACUCUCUAGUUCUUAACAUUUUUCUAAUGCUUGGUGUUGUUACGUCAUUAAACAUGCUCAAUGUAUGUGUAUGUGUAGUGUCAUUAAUAUUAAAUACAUAUUUGGGUGUUUAUUGUUCGCCAAUUUGUUUUUUAAAUCAUAUUUUAAUCAACGGUUCAAGAUAAAAUAUUUCUAAUUGGCAACUGGUGUAAUAAAAAUAUGUCUAACAGUUCAAUUUUUGUGUAGUGGUUUUGUUGCCGUUUUUGUUGCAAUCUCAGAAUUGCAAUAUCAGUAUCAAUGUGUGACUCUGAUGCUUAUUCGCUGAUGUGUCUCUCUAUGUGAUUGUUAGCAAUUAAUAGUAUUUGUAUUUAUUUUAGUAAGUUUUAAAAAUUUAGACAUUUAAAUAAAACGUUUCCCCCUUUUGGAAUACUUUUUACGGUUAUUUUAAACUAU